UUUCGCAAAAAAAAAAUCAAUGCAAGAACGAGAAAAAGAAAAGCUUUAUACUUUGUGCUGCGAGUUUGGUGUUACUGAGUUAUUUGAAGGACUUGUGGGUGAGUAAAUGAAUUUGUUUUGUAACAUAACCUCUUAGAAAGUGAGCUCCAGGAAAUUUAUCUUUUAAUUCCACAAAUUCUUUUUAUUUUGUCACAGAGAAGCAAGUCACGGUGACUCGUUUGAGAGAGGCUGAUGAGAAUGAUAUCGAGGUGCUACUCCCCGCACAUGGAGCGAGAAUAACUUUCAAAAAGAGGUGGAAGGACUGGAUAGCCGGCGCAGCUUCUGUUGCAGAAGAUUUCCUUUUGGAACAAAGGAGAGCUGCGAGGCCUUCAACGUGGACUUCAAUCCACGUUGAAGAUAUUCUUGAAUGUGCCGAAGGAUCCCGCGUAAAGAAAUACUAUUCUCAAAAAGGUUCCCUAGAUGAUCGUCACCGCGACAUACUUAUAAAGAUUAUAAUUCAAUAUGCCAGAGAUCACAACGUGGAGCUCACAUGCAAGAUCAUGAAAACAGUUUCAAUGGAAAUAGAGGAUAUUUUCCCUAAUGAGAAAAAGGUAAGUGCAGAAAUUAAUGCAGAUCUCACAAGAUUUAACCAUGCUUUGUGUCAGGAGCGCUACUAUCAACCGAAAGGCCACACAAGAAAAUCCUAUGGAGGACUUCUCUAUUGCAAAUUCUCUAACUGGAAGCGAGCACAAAAGAGAAAGAGGACCGGAGAUAAUUCUACUCAGCGCAUGGUUGAAGAUCUGCAAAAUUUAGAAGAGGAAAGUGGUGAGGAUCUUUGUAGUCUGAAGGAGAUUUUAAAGACAGCUGUUUCUGAAGAAAUUUUCUCUGAAAAUACUUUGGACUUUUGGGACAAGACAUUCCCUCUGAGACAACAUGAUUUGUGCAAUGGUGCUCUUGAUGACAUUGUAAACGAGUGGCCACUUUACGCCCACAAAAAUGGGAAAUUUCUGAUCGCUGGAGAUUUUGAUAAACUAUAUCCUGAAAGUCAAUCUUUACACAAUAAGUGGGAAACAUUUUUCGAUCAAAUUGCUCCAAUUUUGAAGAGAUUCAUAAAAGAUCCUACCUCAAAGAAAGCGUUGCGAGAUAUUCUUGAUUAUGGAACAGAUGAUGCUAAUUCCAAACAGAAAGCUCUGUUUUUGCUCCUGCAUGCGGUUUUGAAGCCCCACGUUGUGUUCCACAAGAAAUUACAAAUGAAGACUAUGAGAUCAAAACCGACUAUAGCUGAUUCUCAAUCGUGCAUGCUGAUAGACCUACAGGAAAACAACGAAGAUCUGGAAAACCAUCUGAAAAUGCGUCAAAAGGCAUUGGACGACACCAACAGGACAUUUCAUCCCAUAAUUUACCGACUGGAACCUUCGUCGUACCGGGUAUAUUGUAUGAGGUAUUUGAAUUUCGAAGUUGAUACCCUCGAACAGGCUGUUGAUCUUGCCUUCAAGGCGUAUCACGUUAUGCAUAAAGGUCAAUAUGCAUUGGAAUGUGAGGAUGUAUGGUAUUUUAUCCGAAUUUAUUUCUAUGGCCUUGAACUUGAGACAGACAAAGAAAAAUUUGCUGGACGUAUUAAUGAUUUUCUUCAAGAUGUGAAUAAUAGUAUCGACAACAGUUAAAAUGUUCUGUUCAAAGUGUAAAAAUCCCGUGCCAUUUACGGACGUUGAUAGUUAUACUCAACAUUUAAAAAGUUUGCAUGGCCAAAAAAUAUUCUUAUGCGGUCAGGACAAUUGUUCACAAAGAUUUCAGCACAUAAAGUCUUUUAAAAAACAUCUGAAUGGACAUUAUAAAAAUACUCAAGAAACUUUUGAAGAACAGUCAAGUAAUUAUGUGAAUAAUGAUGAUAUUGAAAUGCAUUUGGUUAAUGUCAAUAAUGUCCCUACCGCUCCUGUUUUAAAUAUUGAAGAGUUGUCUGCAGAAUUUAAAAACAAAAUGACUGUAAAUCUGUUAACACUUCAUUCUAAAAAUAAUUUUUCACGAGAAGACGUAUUGUUUGUGAAAGAAAUCAUAAAGGACACAACUAAAUUUUGUGGGGGCAUAUUAUCGCAACACUUUAAAAAUGACUUACCCAAAUCUAAAAAACUUGAUUUUGAAACUGUUACGAACAUGCUAGAUCAGCCUUUUUCAGGACAAGAGACAGAAUAUGAAUUUGUUGAAUAUUUAAAAACAUUUAAUAUUUAUCAAGAUAUUGAGGAAUUUUGCAUUAAUGAUGGAGACGUAGCACAUCUAC